AGUUCUUUAUUUCGCUUGUCUUAGACAAUGGUUGGCGCUGCUUCAUGGAAAUGAUGCGUUGUCGCUGAGUUCGUCCGCGUGCAAAGUCUUUAAUUUCCUCACGUACACAUUCUUUGACAUAGCCGUCUGGCUGUUAGUGAUAAUGACUGUCGAACGAUUUCUUGUUGUUCGUUUUCCUCUUCAUGCGCCCAAAAUAUCAUCAAUUCCACGUGCAAGAUUAGCCGUAUUAACCCUGGUCAUUAUAAUGGCACUGGUAAAUUUACAUUUCUUCUGGACGGUUCAUCUCGAUGAAAUGGGACGCUGUAUUUACAUAGAAGAGUUUGAACAUUUUCAUGACAACGUCUGGCCCUGGAUUGACGCGACCGUCUAUUCAUUUCUGCCAUUUUUAUUCCUUCUAAUUUUUAACCUUCUUAUCAUUAUUAUUCAUAGAAGAUCUGUAAUUCUACGAAGAACAACCUUGAACAUUUCCAAAUCUAGAACUAGAGACAGAAGGUCAAAUCAGGGGACGCAACUCCGACUUAGUGCAAUGCUUCUUUUAGUGACCUUCACCUUUUUGUUGUUGUCCGCGCCAAACGUUUUGCUAAUUUGCUUGAGGCAUAAGUAUUUUGAUUUCUCUGUCCAAGUUGAUGAUUUCCGGGAUAUAGCUAUAUAUAGACUUGUGUCGAUGAUCACAAUGUUUUGUUUAUACCUCAAUCAUGCUGUGAACUUUUUUCUGUACUGUAUAACUGGACAAAUGUUCAGACGAGAGCUAUUGAAAAUAGUCACGUGCCAAUGCGACGCUGCACGCGCUCGAUCAUCUAUGUUCUCGGAUUUUACAACUCGAACUGUGAGAUUGAGCGAGUCAUCAAUGCCAAGCAGCCCUGAUCUUGUCAGAAGGCAAACAGAUUACAUCUAAAUAUGAAAAAGUGCCGAGUAAAGUUAUUUUAUGAAUAUGAAACACUGAAGUGUUUUAACAGUAAAGACUCUCCCCUAAAACAUUUAUACACAUGCCAUAAAUGAGUUUUUUAAUGGCGGCGCGGUAGUUUACAAAAUAUGAACUCCUCUAAAAAUUGAUUUACUUACCUGAAAAAUGAUGUGAUGAAACUAGUAUUUUGUAACAUCUCCUUUCUGAAAAAUGACCUGUCGACAUCUUCUUGGCAGACUAUCAUACAGCUUU